AUGGCACCAAUGCUGGAAUCACCAGAUCAACUGUACGAGCAAGACGCGGUGGAGCACUGUGCCCUCGGGCAUCCGCAGUGGAAUCUCCUUUCCAGUCUUGAAUUCAUUGCUAGAAAAACGGCCAUUUCCUUCCUGAAGAAAACAUGGGCGAAUCUCGAGGCCCACAAUGAGGAUAAUCUUGUCCCACUCAUGAUAGACUCAUUAUGCAGGCUUGCCGAAAAUAUUCUUGACUGCGGUGAUGGUACUCAGGACUUUGGUAAUAUUUUUGUGAUGACGGUGUAUAGGAUGGUGCUUGCUGGAGCUGUGGAUAUCAGGCCGAUGCAAGAUUUGGCAGUAGCUGCCUUCGAAGGUUUGACUACAGCGAUGGAAUAUGAUGUCAGAACCCUGUCCUGGCUUAGGUUGGGCCGGGCUAAUUUGGCCUCUGGAGAGCGCGUCCAGUCAUUAUGGUCGUGUAGACCAACUCGAUACUUCCAUCAGGAUCGUCUUAAUAGGAUGGGUGGGUCUAAUAAGGUAAAGUCGGGGGGGUUGACCCCAGCGGUGGUCCCUCCUUUCUCUUGGGUUCGCAUGUACUAUAUCACAACCGCUACUGUCGGUGUGGUGGCGAUUCCGUCUUUCCUGGGCAACACUACUCUAUCUCUGACCAGGACCGGCGCUCCUCCACUAUGUCCUGAAGGCAUUUGUCAUCCUCAGCCGACCAUCGCCUCUGGCCUUUCCUUCCCUCACCGCAUUCGGGCCGAGUUUGUUGGGUCUUCUCAAGGGAAUCUUCGCGAAUGGUUGACUGGGCACUCUCAUUGGAGUCGGGAAUGCAGCUGCCAAGGCUCCUUUGAACAGCCAAGAAAGGAACCGCAAUCGUUAGUCAAGCCGUAUGGAUAG